AUGGAGGAUGAUGGAAGUGUUAAAGAGAAGUCCUUUUCAAAUGGGGAUGUCUACAUUGGUAAAUUCAAGGGUGAACUUCUCCAUGGCAUGGGAAAGUACACAUGGACAAAUGGAACAAUAUACGAGGGUGACUGGGUUGAUGGAAAAGUGACAGGGAAAGGGAUUAUGAAUUGGGGUAAUGGUGCUAUUUUCGAUGGUUGUUGGUCAAAUGGACUUUCACAUGGAUAUGGAGUUUAUAGAUCUGCAAAUGGAAACGUCUACACUGGAAAUUGGGAAAAAGGGGAAAGGCAUGGAAAAGGGAUUAUGAAAUGGGCUAACGAUGAUGUUUUCGAUGGUUAUUGGUCAAAUGGACAUAAACAUGGAUAUGGAGUUUAUAGAUUUGCAAAUGGGGAUGUCUAUGCUGGAAAUUGGGAAAAAGGAGAAAAGGAUGGAAAAGGGAUUAUGAAUUGGGGUAAUGGUGCUAUUUUCGAUGGUUAUUGGUCAAAUGGACUUUCACAUGGAUAUGGAGUUUAUAGAUCUGCUAAUGGAAACGUCUACACUGGAAAUUGGGAAAAAGGGGAAAGGGAUGGAAAAGGGAUUAUGAAAUGGGCUAACGGUGAUGUUUUCGAUGGUUAUUGGUCAAAUGGACAGAAACAUGGCUAUGGAGUUUAUAGAUUUGCAAAUGGAGAUGUCUACACUGGAAAUUGGAAAAAUAAUAAAAUGGAUGGAAGAGGGAUUAUGAAUUGGUCAAAUGGAACAAUGUACGAGGGCGAUUGGGUUGAUGGACAAAUGAUAGGGAAUGGAUUGAUGAUACCAGGCUUUCUAUGUACCUUUUUGAAGACUAUCAGACCCAUUAUCAUCUGA